CAUCAUUGGUUGCCCAUCGUCAACCUAUACCUACGACGUAGUAGUAUUAGUAACACAGCGUGGCCGUCCCAUCAUUUCUUUCGGCAGUCAUAGACGGAACUAAAAUGGCCCGUCGGAAUCCAUCUUGUGUACGUCAUCCGUGCUUGUCUCCGAUCAGGGUCGGAGGUUAGGAAUGGGGCGUUGAAGAUGACCUAUUACGACGGCGCGGAUAUAUGCAACAGCACGGAGCUCCGGCGAGACUGGAUGCUCACGGCUUCACCAACUUGCUUCCUGUGUAGUCCUUGCGGAGGUUAUGAAAAUAGGAGAUAUAUGAGAUGUUGGCGUCAGUAACGCCUAGCUAGUAGCUCUGGUCUGUGUUGGUAUAUUUUUAAGUCUGAUAAACAAGCCAUGUGUAUAUAUAUCCCCCCGUUCUUCACCUACCUCAUUUCACUUCCUGCAAACCCACUGAAUUCUAAACCUCCAACUCCUACACCCAUAUCACCGCCAUUUACAUCCACAUAGUCAACCCCUGGACCAAAAUGUCCACCCCUCAAACCCCAUUCCCAGACCUCCCCAACAUAGACAUCAAAUUCCCUCACUCCCCCGUCGCCAUCGCCGCCCUCGCAUACGCGAAACAGCACACCCGCGAGGCGACGUACAACCACUGCAUCCGCAGCGCGUACUGGGCGCUCAUCCUCGCCAAGAAGCUGCCGCAGUUCUCCCCUUCCCCUUCGCGGCGGGAGCUGAACAUAGAAACCGUGCUCGUGGCCGCUAUCUUGCACGACAUGGGCUGGGCCACGACGAAGGGGCUUCUCUCGAAGGAUAAGAGGUUCGAGGUCGAUGGUGCGAACCUCGCGUACGAGUUCUUGGGACGGUAUAUCGGGGAGGGGGACGAGGGCGCGCUGGAAUGGGAUGGGAAGGGGGAUGGAGAUGGAGAUGGUAAGAGGCAAGUCGUCUGGGACGCGAUAGCCCUGCACUGCACGGGCUCCAUCGCGCUGCACCACCCGCGGCCGGAAGUCGCGCUCGCGCAUCUGGGGAUCAUGGCGGAUUUCGUAGGGCCUAGGUUCAGGGCUGGAGACGCCGAGGGACGGGGCCAGGGCGAGGGUAAUGGUGAGGGGGAAGUUAUUACGCUGCAAGAGUACAGGGAGGUGCUCGCGCGGUUCCCGAUGCGAGGGUUCGGGAGCGACGGAUUUAGGGAGGUUAUGUGUGGGCUCUGUCGCGAGAAGCCGGGGACUACGUAUGAUAACUUCGUGGGCGCGUUCGGGGCGAGGUUCGGUAUUGAUGGGAGGGGUGGGGGCAAGGAGGAGUUUAGGAGGGAGAUGGAGAAGGUUGAUCCGGUGGGUAUGCUACUUGGGGGCUUAGAGUAUCUAGAGGGAUUGUUGAAGGAGGGUGAAUAGGCUUGGGGUGGCCGUGGUUUAGGAAGGGGAGAGUUAGGAGGGUUAGGGUUAGGGUUAGGGUUAAGAUGAGCGGUUGGUUGACAGGUGAGGAAAGAGUACAAAAAGGGUUUCAUGGAGUGGAGGGGUAUAUUAAUACUAGAUGGUUAGGUUUUAACUGUUGGAUGAUGAUUUCCGAAGAUUCCAUCCAUCUCUUUGGAGUUGGUCACCAUAUAAAAUGUUAUGACAUGCUUACCCCUUUUCCUAGGGUUGAUCUCCUACCUAAAAGGAGACGUACGAUAGCCUUCGCCUUAUCUCAACAACUUUCACGUGUAUAUUGCGUAUAAAAGAAAAUAAC